GGUGUUGUCAGUAUGGGUGAUUGAACCGCGGCGGCACGCGGUUUUUACCUGAGACAGGCGUUUAAACCGCGUUGCAAUUUGGACAGCGGGGGUGCACGGAAAAUACGGGAUCCGCGUUGACGGUUGAAAUGGAACUUCAAGGCAGAACAGCACUUGUGACGGGCUUUGCUGGCGCCAUUGGAUCGGUGAUUGCUAAAUCUUUAGCGAACGCCGGAUGUGACGUCAUUGGGGUGGACAAAGUGAAACAUGAUAUUGUACGGAUGUCCAUCGAUGAAAUAAAAGCAGAAAGUAAACGAGAUCUUAAAUACUUCCAAUGCGACCUUUUAAACAAAGAAGACAUCCAUAAGGUUUUCCAAGAUCUGAAGUCUGGAGAUGUUGACAUUUUAGUUAAUGCAGCUGGUCGAUUAUCAAUCAACAGGGUUGAAGAUUUGUCUGAUGAUGUUUGGGAUGAAGAUAUAGGCGUCAAUUUGACUGCACCAUUCGUAUUGAUAAAACUGGUUAUUGGCUUAAUGAAAGAAAAAGGUUGGGGAAGAAUUAUAAACAUUUCUUCAAGUUUGGGAAUAAAGGCAACAGGAAGUAUAUCAAGUUAUAUUGCCUCUAAGACUGGUCUUAUUGGACUCACGAGGGCAGUUGCUGUAGAGUGUGCAGAUAAAGGCGUGACAUGUAACGCCAUCUGUCCUACGGUUGUGGACACACCAUUUAUAACAUCUUUUAUGGAACACCAACAGAAAGCUACGGGAAAGAGCUACGAGGAAACAAAGGAGGCGGCUAGACAGUCACACCCAACAAAACAGUUUACUACACCUGAACAGAUAGCUGACUUAGUGGUGUUCCUUUGUUCCCCAGAAGGUCAGAAUAUGACUGGGACAGCUAUUCCCAUAGAUGGCGGAAUAACCAUCGCCUAAAGACAAUACGGCUGAAAGCGACACCUGUGUAAUGUAGAAAUGAUAUAUACAUACAAUCACCAUUUCGUGUACUUUUAAUUAAAACCCGUACAAUCUUCAAUUCCAAAUCAAUGAAUAUAACUACCACAGUUAUAUAGUGUUAUUAAAUACAUAUGAAGUGUUUGCAAUGGUGUUCACACAUUCGAUUAACGAAUACUAAUAAACUUUAUCAUAGACGACAGGACAUAGUUUUUUGUUUGUUGUUCAAAUAUUGCUCACAUUUGUAAAACAUUUACACAGAUCAUCGAAAGAUAGAUAUUUUUGAUUGCCAACACUUUUUGUUUUCUUUCAAACUUUGUCAACUGGGAUGCAACGGUAAAACAAUGUGAACAUGAUGAUGAUAACAUUAAUUCAUCUUUAGGAUUUAACUCUGUUUAAAACAAAUUACUUUAAAAAACUUAAAUUAAAUCUGCGUUCAGCAUACGUUUGAAAAAUAAUCCUUCCACGGUCAUUUAAAGGAAAGGUUAUCACACAAGACAUCGGACAACGAAUACGAUACUAUUCGGACUAACUUAAGAAAAACCCCCAAAUAUGCCUGUUCCCAACAGUCUACUAAAAUGUGAGAAAGGAAACUAAAAAGUGACCAAAAGUACACAAACCCUUAAUUAUUGCAUAUUUUUGUCAUUAAAAUUCAAUUUUGAAUUAAUUCGCAAUAUUUUGAAAGUCUCACUACAACGAUUUACAUCUGUAAAUCAAUUGACGUUUAAUAUAAAAAAGGAGUGGGUUCCAUGUCCUCAAAACUCUAGAUGAGAACAAAACUCAUGUUCAAGUAUUAAUAAUCCCAAGCCCGAAGUCUACAUAACUGUCACAGAUUGGCCGUGCUGGUUGUCAGAAAGAAUAACUAGUUGAAUAAUUAACUUCAUUUUAAUGUUCAAUACAUUUGUUUAUCUUGUAAUUUAAGUUUUACAAAGAAAUAUAGUUUUUGUAUGUCACUUAUUGGCUGGUCCGUAAUGGCGGCCUCGGCGGGCUCAAAAAACCAUCCGUCCGUGUAUCUGUGUAAGACAGGCCAAAGUUGGUGAAUCUUGACUGUUGAAUAAUUGAAGUUGACUGUUUAUGGUGGUUCCAUUUUUCUAAAGGCUGAGUUCCUUGAAUACUGAAUACUGCAAUAAUGGGAUCUAAAAAUAGUAUACAUUUCAUAACUGUAUAUACCAUACAUUGGGGUUAUAUUCUAUGCACGUUUUUCCACAUACAUAUACAUUACUUUACACAUAUAUUUUACAUGUAAUUAUAUUAUACAUGCCAACUUUUACUCAUGUUUUACUUAUAUAUUUUUACACUUGUACUUUACACAUACUAUAUACAUUAUACAAAUAGCAUGUUUACUUAUACGCUGAAUUCACGCAAUUACUAUCAUGAUACACACUUUUUACAAUGUUUACGGAACAUUGUUACUUUACAGUUACUUUGUAUACUUUAUAAACAUUACCAGUUUUUAUGUACUUAAACAAUAUGGUAAGUUUAAAACAACUCUAUGGAACAAAUGAACAAAAACACAAAAAAGGAACUUGGCUGUGAUUGCAACUGAAAUUAACAGUAAAAAAACUUGGAAAUAAAACUCUCUUACCUCCGAAGUGGGAAGAACAUGGUAAGAAUAUGCUCAGAUGUAAAUAUUUUGUAGAACAAACUCUAUUACAGGAGAGCAUGUGCUUCUCAGGUGCCUGCUACGCCCAAACUUACUACACCCGCACGGGUAUUUAAAAUGCCUAACCAGUUGAGUGAGUUUUAGGUACUCAAAUUAAAUCUAUGGACACCUGAUGUUGAUUAAAAUAUAUAUAUACAGGUAAAAACUAUGGCAAACAGUUUGGACAUUAAAUGUGACAAUUACCAAUAUGCAGUCUUUAAUCCGGAGAUUGUUUAUACCGCUAGUAAAACCCCAAAGGCAUCAAAGUAAAGAUGAUUUACUUUAUCAAGGUUGUGCCCAAAUGAUAAGAAAACUGAAAAUAACAAACCACACUAUUACCAUUAAAUCUCAAAUAACAAUACUCUAAAAAUAAUCAUGCAGAAUUGAGACAGUUAUUGGUGACCAUACUUUCUAAUUUUAAACAGAAAUUCUCUUCAAAAUGAACAAUUGGAACAGGAUAUACCCAUAAAGUAUAAUAUAUAACUUUCUUACUUUAAUGACUUAUCAGGAUGUAAACAGUAUGCACGUAAUAUCAAAACACAAUUUCACAAUAAACAUUUGCCACACAAAAACAUAUGUAGGAAAAUACAGAAGUAAUAAAGUUUACAGAUGUAUCAAAGAUCCAUAAAUAUGAAAUGUAUCAAUAUAUUUUGAAUACUUAGUAGUUAUGUUAAAAGAUAGGAAAAAAAUGUAUGAAUUGUACAAUUAUGUACCGCGAUAAGUUCAUUCCGAAUUUUCUCUUACUAUUUAAAUAGUUGCGUGGUGUUAUAUAUUUGGACUAGUAAAUAAACUAUAAUUACAAACUUAUAAUUAAGAAAAUAUCAUGAUUAACAAUUACGCUGUGCAUGGACAAACUCCACUACGAUAAAUCUUGCUAUCAAAGAGACAUGAAAUGUAGGAAUCGUGCUCGGAAGCACAUGCUAAAAUUAACGCAAAACGUGUGUACAAUGUUUCUAUAUUAUGAACGAAAAACACAAAUCCGGACAAAAUUUAAAAUUAUUCCGGAGACGGUACAACCAAAAACAAUUAAAAGUUGCAAGAGAAAAAGUUUGAAUCUGUGUAUAGUAUCCAGAAACGUGGGUGUGAACACUCGAAAGAGUACAUUGUAUUUGUAUGAUGCUUACGAAGAGUACUUCUACCUCACCAAAUGUUCUGUCCAUCUGUACGUAGAUUUUAAGUGAUUCUUCUUUCAAGCAAUUCGGUGUUUAAGAUAUUGAUUUCUACGAAAGCUCAGAGGGCUCAUUUGAGAUUCGAGAUUUGAAAUACUAGAUUCGAAAUACGAGAAUCAAGAUUCGACGUUCUAAAUUCAGUGUUUAAAUUAACAAUCAAAUUAAAGAUCUGGAAAUGUUUUAAAGAACAAACAUGAUAAGUAUAUUUGUGUCUAUAUAGGUUUAUAGAUGCACCAGGACACUUUUAAUUAGUUUAUGAAUACAAAACAUUUGAAAAAAGUCUAUAACUUUAAAGCACGCAGUGGAUAAAAAAGUAACGCAAGUCGAACUCAAUGAGUAAUAAUUGCUUUGUUAAAUUAAUCGUACAAUUGGAUCUGCGUUAAAAACUUCCGUUUUCUCUUUUUUUUCGUUUUAUUUAUUGGAACUUUAAAUAACAAAUUUAUACGGAUCAUAAUGGUCAGAAUUAGAAUAAUACGUAAAUAUACCUUGUGAAAAAAGUAAAACUAGUCAUAAUUUAUCUAUAAGGGCAUCUUUAUGCAACUACACAGAGAAAUUGAAAUUAUAAUUUAAUAGUUGUUUAUCAUUAUUACUUGCUGUUGUUUAGGACAUUACCAAAACCUUCUAACCCCUCCUCACAGAAAUUGAAAUGCAUUGCCAAGCAAAGACAAGCAAUUAGUCAAUAAAAUCAACCAUUUUAUGCAAGUGCGUUAUUGUCUUUGGCACUGCAGAUCAAAAAACAAAAAAACAUCUCAUAUUGCAUGUAUGUCUAUCCAUAAGCAAUACGGGCGCUAUCUAUUUUAAAUGCUUUAUAAAAGAGUAAUUGACCACUAGUACUUUAUAAAAAAAUUUAACACAUUACCUGUGUUUUAUUAAGUAAGCAAAACAUUACUAAGUUUUUCUGAUUACUUUGCACUUUAAAAGGAUAUGUAUUCGGCAUCAAUGACAGGGGUGUAAAACAUUAUUUUUUAUACAGCGACGACCCUCCGCUACAAAAGUGGGUCAGGGGCCACUCAAGAUACAGUGUUGCAACUGCACAGAUAGUUUUUUAAAAUUCUUUUUUGCUAUAUUGGAUCAGGUUGACAGGAUAAAGUUGAAAUGACUUUAGAAGGGAAAACAGCGCUUGUAGUCGGUUUUGCUGGUGCAAUCGGACCAUCAAUCGCCACUUCUUUGGCAAACGCCGGUUGU